GUAGUUGGACCCAUGCUCCCUGCACCUACCUCAUAUCCCCGGUUGUUGUUUUUUUUUCUGUUUUCUUUUUUCACCCCCUCUCUGCGUAAAUAUCUCAGGCCCUGCAGAGGGACGCUGAGCGCAACGGCGUGGAGCGGACUCCCAGCAGCAGCAGGAUACUACAGCUUCUUACCCCUUGUUCCCAGAGAGCCCGCAGUGUUAUGAUCAUCGUCGGGGAGCUGCCCUGCAGCAGCGGAAUGCUUCUUCUUCCCCAGGCUUCAGCGUAGGAGCGCGCCUUCCCCACCGGGGAUCCACCGCACCUUUGGGCGUCAGACGGAUUUAGUUAAAUCGGUGUAGCUGAUCUCACACCACCCGCUUAUUGGUGGCUCUGAGCCUUCGCUGUCAAACCGCGAUGUUAAUCCAAUCAAGUGUUUAAAAGCAGGAAGGCUAAGAAUAGAGGCUAAGAGAAGGAGAGAAAGUUUGAUUUCUUCAACAGAGGAUCUGGGAUGUAUGGAGGAAACGAUUCGUUCAUGUCAUUGAUGAAUCACCUGCCAGGAGAGCAGCAUUUGCUGGGAGGACAUCACAGCGGCAUUUCCAUGAUUGAUUCCUGCAUCUGUGCUGGGAGCAUUGAGGAGAAGUAAUCUGUACAGGAGCAGAAACUGGUUACAUAUGCCGCCAGGUGUGUGUGUGGAUUGCUGGCAGAAUGAGCAGCACAUUCGUUACAUUAGCUGAGGUACUGGAGGCAAGAGGGGGACCUCUGCUGGAAGAGGAGAUCUGGUCCCUGCUGUUGGGCGCUGCAGAGUGUUUAAUGGAUGUCUCUUAUAAGGGUCACAACAAUAUGUGCAGCAUCAUCAGCCCCACCUCCUUGCUGUUGUCAGCCACUGGAACCUUAGCUUUUAAGAACUGCGGCCUAUCAGAUGAGGUGUCUGCAUUUGCUGCUCCAGAGAUGCUGCAGGACCGUGCCGGCUCAACCAAACCUGCCACUGAUAGGAUGCUGGUGUAUUCACUGGGAAUGACUCUCUACUGGUCAGUUGAUUUUCAGCUACCUCAAAAUCAGCCGGUCCAGUUGAGUGACCAUCUAAACAGCAUCCUCCUCAGCAUGUGUGAGGAGCUGGCCCACCGCAGGGUAAACCUUACCUCCAUUUUGGAGGCCUGCGAAUCCCAGCACAAGGCCUCCAACCUGCAGCCGCCUACCAAAGUCGUUCGACAGCUAGUGGAGGAGGUUUUUCACGAAUCAAUGGAUGGCUCUCUGCCAGACAGUAAUAUUCCACUGAGCGGCAGGAGCCAGAUGAUCAGAGAGAGACUUCACAGAAAGAGAGGGCCAUUAUCAGACUUCAGUGAAGGAAGUGCUGAAGGGCGGAGGUACUCAACGGACUCGGACUCGAAGUCAGGAAGUUUACCUCAAAGACCUUGGAAACAAAGACCAAGAAGCUCUCCCACACCGCUGUACCACUCUUCUUUAGACAGGCUCCCUCGGAGGGUGUGCCGCAGGGACAGUAACUGCAGCUGGAUUGGUAGGAGCCCCCAGCACGAUUUCUCUCCGAAGGCAUCAGGCAGAUCUCACAGUCCUUCCAUCACCUUCAGCGAGUCCUCUCUCAGCCUAAGCCAGAGAAAAGCUAAGGCACUGGGUCCAGAGUUUGUAAGAAUGCCAGACGAGCAGCAAAUUCUUCUUGAGCUCCCAGGAUCUAUUGUGUCCAAAAAGGGCCAUUCAAGUUCCUCUCAGCGAGAAGUGACUGUAGUGCUGCCUAAUGGACAGUACGUGGUUGUCCGCUGUGACAUUAAAUCCAGGGCAAGAGAUGUGUUUGACAUGGUGGUGGCUCACGCAAACUUGGUGGAGCACUUUUACUUUGGUCUUUCCUUCCUAGAUGAUGAUGAAUAUUUCUUUUUGGACCACGAGACAAAAAUCUCCAAAGUUGCACCUGACAGCUGGAAAAAGGGACAGAUAUCUUCCUUUUUGGUGUUUCUUCGAGUCAAAUAUUUCGUUAAUGAUAUUGCCUUUAUUCUACACAGACUGACUCGUCACCAGUAUUACUUGCAAUUGCGUAAAGAUAUCUUGGAGGACAGGCUUUACUGCAAUGAGGAGACAGGCUUGUUCCUGGCUGCUCUCGCUCUGCAGGCUGAGUUUGGUGAUUACAUGCCAGAGCUGUAUGGUAAAGACUAUUAUCAGCCAGAACUUUACGUAUCCAAAAGGAUGCUGGAGAAGCUUGCUGUCCCCAUUAUUAGAGAGGAGUUACCGAGACUACAUGCCAGUCAUGCUCAUUUGUUGCCUGAGGAGGCAGAAACAGAGUAUCUGAAGAUUGUCCAACAGUUGCCAGAGUAUGGAGUUAUGUUCCAUCGCGUGGGAAGGGAGAAAAGGCCGUUGAUAGGAGAGUUAGUUCUGGGAGUGUGCGCCAAAGGAAUCAUCGUUUAUGAGACGAAGAACCACCUGCGAACUGUCACCAGGCGCUUCUUGUGGAGGGAAACAGACUCCAUAUCCACUGGGCGCCAUAAGCUGAUUAUAGAGUGUGGUGGACCCAGUGGAAAAAAGCACAUUUUUGUGACAGAAACCUCUAAGAUUGCACAGUACCUCUUGAACCUCUGCUCAGCACAGCACAAAUUUCACAGUGAGAUGACAUCUCGACAGCUGAACCACACACUGAUACCUGAUGAAAAUAUUUCUGCCUAUCGAGCUCGUAGCAUGAGUCUGAAGCGGAUAUCUUGUUCAGAAGGCAUGUUGAACCAUGUGGGUUUGACUUCUGGCCAGGCCGACUUGCUCUCCAAGUCCUGUGAUGAUCUUACUGCCAAGCUGGAAGCUCGACUUCGCCAGCAAAGACAAAUGAGGAGGGAGAUGAGCAGAGAGCUGAAUAAGGAACUGCCCGCAACAGGAGACCUCAGGGAUGUAAAAGAGCGGCAGUAUUGGAGCGCUCCACGGACUAAUCCCAGAAGGACGUCAAGUGUCUCACUGCAGAAGCAGGACUCUAAUGCUUCAUCUUCUCUAAGAGUUGAUACACCAACACGGACCCCGCCUGAGAGAGAGAUAGUUUGUGUGACACUGAAAAAAGAUCCCAAACUGGGAUUUGGCUUUGUGAUUGUAGGAGAGGACAACACAGGAAAGCUUGACCUUGGUAUUUUCAUUGCUUCAAUUGUCCCUGAUGGCCCUGCAGACAAAGAUGGACGAAUCAAACCUGGUGGACGCCUAAUAUCCCUUAACAAGACCAGUUUAGAAGGAGUCACAUUCAGUGAUGCUGCUGCCAUCCUUCAGAGCAGUCCUGAUGAAGUAGAGCUCAUUGUUUCACAGCCUAAACACUCACUGAAGGAUAUGCAGGGCUCCUUGAGCCAAAGUACUCUUGGUUUGUCAUUAGAAAGAAGCUUUGGGUCACAGACCACCUUGAGUGGCACAGAGUAUCGCCCACCUGUGGAGGAGCUUGAGGAGGCCAUCAUCUUGUCCAGCUUGGCCACUCCAAAGCAUAACAAAAAGCUCCACAUUCCCGUUGUUCGAAUACAUGAUGCUCAGGAUGGGUCUCCAAGAUCCCCGUCCAUCCUAAGCCUUAAAACAGCAGAGCAGUUUUCUGUGGACCUAAAGAAAAGUGGAGGCAGUCUUGGAAUAAGUGUCACUGGAGGAAUUAACACCAACACACAAUUUGGAGGCAUUUAUAUCAAGAAUUUGGUCCCUGGAGGAGCUGCUGAGAAAGAUGGCCGCAUACAAAUUGGUGACAGACUGCUGGAGGUUGAUGGAUCCAACCUGAGGGGUGUGACGCACAAACAGGCGGUCGAGUGCCUGAAGAGGAGUGGGGAGGUGGUGAACCUGUUACUGGAAAGGGAGCCUACAGUUGUCUUAGAGCACAGAGCUGACUCCUCCUGCCUUCCCUUGAUUCACAGUCCAUCAUACAGUCAGCCGACCUCCAGGACAGAGGUCUCCAUGGAAACAACCUUGAGUGGUCGAGCCAAGGACUACAGCUUUGUGACAGAUGAAAAUACUCAUGAAGUGGUUCUGAAAAAGAGCUUAUCUGGUCUCGGCUUCAGCUUUUAUAUCUCGCAGCUACGAUCAGGAGCGGACCGUGGCAGCGUGGUUCGCAUCAAACGCCUUUUUCCUGGUCAGCCAGCACAAGAGAGCGGCCUGCUGCGAGAAGGGGACCUAAUUCUGUCUGUCAACAGGGAACCUGUUAAAGAUCUCUCCUACCAGAGAGUUUUGUUCCUGCUACGAGGAGCCCCAUCUGAAGUUCAUCUAUUGAUCUGUCGGCCCCCUCCUGGAAUACUUUAUGAAGUGGAUGACAAUAGACUGAGUCCCGCCCCUAUUCGUGGAAUUCGAUCAAGAUCUCUGGACAUCCGACUUGGAGAGGACUACAGCCAGCUCCUUAAGUCUCCCAGUGAUGUCAGCAUACAUGAGCAGUUGGUGCCUCCCACCAAGGAUGAAGUUUUUACCAACAGUACAGAGAAAAUUCCAGAUCCUCCCAUAAAUGUACCCCUCCCAGAGAGCGAGAUAAACACAGAGAAUGAUAUGGAGGAGGCCUUCCCUCCUCCUCCAUCUCCUCCUCGCACACCUCCCUCACCAACAUCACCCACAUCUCCUCCGUCACCAGUCUCACCAGUGUCCCCCACCUCACCAUCUUCACCUGUUCCUUUCUCUCCGCCGAAUCCACCUGAGCCUCGACCUGGAGAACAAGUAGAACAAAAGGAAGAAGAAGAUGAAAGGAGGAAAAAUGAAGAAGAGGAUGCUUCUGCAACACUGAGCUCAGCUUUGAUGCUAAUGGAUGUUUAUGCUAAAACUGCCUCUAAACCUGUGUAUACCAGUGGUGUCAGACAAGAGAUAGAUGGGAGUGUCACCUACUGCCUUAUGGGAAAUGGACUGACCAUCAUGGCCGAUGAAGAAUACCUGACCAUCAGCUCUACCCUAGAGCCUCCUCGUAGCCCUACCUCCAACAGCACACCAAACACUGACAUCGAAGCCCUCGAAUCCCGAACUCAAAGCAGCCUUGAGGUUCUAAAGCCCACCUCUCAUGUCCCCAUCACCCCUAACAUCACCCCUCUCAACCUCUCAUCUGAUCUACCAGCCUCUUGCUCACUCUCCUAUCCAUCUCCACCACUCACCACACAACCCCCGAAAACAAAGCAUCACCCAAUCCAACAAGGGCAUCUUCGAAGUCACUUUAAAGGAACAUCUAGGAACGUUCACCCUACGGUGCCACCACCGCAGCCUCCUCCCAUAACGCCAAUCACAGCCCAAAUUAUCUCCUCAGUGCCUCCCUGCACUGGAGUGCCCACUCCAACAAUGCCUUCCACUGUGUUGCCCUGUUCUGGCCAGAUUCAGUUGCAGCUGAGAGAAGAACCAGAGAGGAAAGUAAGGGAAUACAGGGAUGAUUUUGAUGAAGAACUGGAUGAAGAAGAGGAAGAAAGUCGGAGGAAGGGUAUGAUUAAAGAGUUUGAGCUCACAGUGGUUCUGACCAAGUCGAGGAGUGGCAGCUUUGGGUUCACCAUCACUCGUAGCAAAAUUGAUAAUUGCUACUACAUACAGGAAAUAUUGGACAACCCCGCCAAGGCAGAUGGACGACUCAGGGCCGGGGACAGGCUCAUCACGGUCAACGGGCACAAUGUCACCAGUGUGGCAGAUGAUGUUGCCAUGACGAUACUCAGGUCAUCUCCUAGAAGGCUGAAUAUGACCCUGGGUAGAGCAGUCAGCAACCUGGUGGCUCCACCUCCCUGCGACAGCCUGCCUGACAUUGUUCUGCACAAGACGCCAUCGGGACAGUUGGGAAUAAAGCUGACGGGUGGCAUUGGCAGCAAAUGGCAGGGCAUUUAUUGCCUGGAGGUGGUGCCAGGCUCCCCAGCCAGUGAGGAGGGCAGUGUCAAGCCAAAUGACAAGAUCCUGUACAUCUGUGGCAGGUGCACCCUGGGAAUGACUUUAGAGGAUGCAGUCAAAGCUUGUGAGAUUGCCCCUCGUAAGGUCAAACUCAAAAUCAUCCGUGAAGACCAGCCAGUUACCUCCAAAGCUAAGUGGAACGGCCUGUUUGACUGGAAGAAGGAUAAGAAGUCCUUUGCCCGAUUUGAGGAGACUCUCUCUCCUGAGAGGGAGUUUAUUGUUGAUGACACUGAAAGUGUACGCAGGACUACAGAGAGGAGAUGUCGUUCUCUUACCCAAGGACAAGAUAGUUGUAUCAUGCAAGUGGAGUUUAAGAAACCAGAGGGGGGAGGCCUGGGCUUCGCUUUGGUGGGGGGAACUAAUGGCAGCAUGCUCAGAGUGAGAGAUAUCUGCUCUGGUGGAGUAGCCGAGCAGGAUGGCCGUCUGAAAGUCGGAGACAUUCUUUUAGAGGUAAACGGUGUGAUUGUGUCUGGGCUGAGCCACAGUAAGGUGGUCGAUAUUCUGAGGAAAGCUGAAGGUACAGUGCAGCUCACCAUCUGCAGAGACAUCCUACCCCUAACCUACUCUGAGUCUCCUACACCGCCAAACAUGUCUGCCCACACUGAGGCCAUUUUAGCAGAGCAGCCGGCUCAUGUGUCCAGCUCUGAUAUCUGCUCAGCUCCUGAAGGCUUGCAGGAGGGGCAGGCUGAGCACCCUGCUGACCCUGUGGCUAAUGAAGCUGAAGUUAUCCUCACAUCACCGCCUCCCACACCUCACAGAGUUACCAUCACGAAGAAAGAGACUUCAGUUGAGGAGGAGAGUUGUAACAACACCCCUUCUCAUCAAGCUUGCUGCCCAUCCCUCAAUGUCACUGAAAUGUUGCAUGGAGCAUCUGACAGGACACAAAUUGUCACAAAAUUAUUGGACCAGUCUUGCAAGGAUAUUCGGAAAACCCAGUCAGAUGGCUGGAGCAGCGACGAGGAUGAUAAUGUGUUUGAUACAGCUAUACAGGAAGUUUCCUCGCCACAAACAGGUCCACCUUUGGUAUCAGAAGAGGAACUGGCCCGUCUAGCACUUAUUACUCCUGCCAAGACCAGCCAGUACUCGGGCUCCAGAGUUAAAGCUCUCAUAAAGAUUCUGCAGCACCAACUUGACCAGCAGGAACUAGUCAAAGAGUUCACGGCUUUGGAGCACUUGAAGCCGUCUGACAACUGCUUGGUUGCAAAAGCACCUGAGAACAGGGACAAGAAUCGCUACAGAGACAUCUUACCCUAUGAUAAAACACGAGUUGCGAUUGGAGAAAACCAGGAGUACAUCAAUGCAAGCUACAUCCGCAUGCAGGUCGGGGCAGAGGAGUUCUUCUAUAUAUCCUGCCAGGGUCCUCUGCCUUCCACAGUGCAGGCCUUUUGGCAAAUGAUCUGGGAAAACAAAUCAGACAUCAUUGCCAUGAUGACACAGGAGGUAGAACGGGGAAGGAUCAAAUGUCACAAGUAUUUGCCAGAGAGUCAAAGCACAUUUUUGACGGCUGGUAGGUAUCAGCUACACCUUGAGAAUCAGCAGUUCCUCCACUACUUCCACAUAAAGGUCAUUCGCAUGGUGGAAACACAGACUGGUGAGACACACUUUGUUCACCACCUGAAGUUCACGCAUUGGCCGGACCACGGCGUGCCGCAAAGCUCUGAGCAGCUGGUGCGCUUUAUCCGUUACAUGAGGGCGGUGCAUCAUGAGGGGCCGAUCACCGUUCACUGUAGCGCUGGCAUCGGACGGACAGGGGUUCUUAUCUGCACCGACAUUAUUCUGCACCUCAUUGAGAAUGACUUGCCUAUUAAUGUGAGCGACAUCGUGAAAGACAUGAGGCUACAGCGGCAUGGGAUGAUUCAAACCAAGGAACAGUACCUUUUCUGCUACAAAGUCUGGUUGGAGGUUUUACAGGGCAUUUUACAGCUUCAAGGAAACCAGUGGCAACCAGAAAGUCCCAGAGACCAAAAGAUCGUUUGAAUAUUUCCCCCACCAGCUCAGCAACAUGUACCUGUAAAGCAAAGGCUGUGAGUGAAUGGUCACGGCACAGCAGGCUAAUUCACAAGUGGUACUUUCUCCUUUGGGGGUUGUUCCCUUUAGUUAACUAUAAAAACUGGUUAUGUAAUGUCCGUUUGGUUACUAUGAAAACGUCGCUUUUUAAUUUAUUAGUUUUUAUUUUUUCCUGCAUAUGUCUACAUGGUGCUUUCAUGAGAUCAGCUUAUUAAUUGCCUUCUGUUUUAUGUAUUUUAGCUUAUGUUUUUAUAUAUAUUUGCGCAUGGAAUUCCAACUUCUGUUAAUCUUCAGAUCUUCAAUCUACCAGUAAUAUCAUCUUAAUUUUUAGACCUUCAUAAUUUUCUUUGACACAGAAGUGAUAUGUAUGCAUCAUGUAACUAUUUGAUUUAAGUGCAUUUGUACCCUGGAGGAGAGAAUCAAAACAAAAUCUAUUGUUUUUUUUACUUCAUUUUGAAUGAGGAAGUGAGAAGAACCAAGUGCCUUGGAGAGACACGCCCCUCUUGCUUAACGAUAAACCCAUACCACUUGUUAUAAGUGACCAGGGGCAAAACUGAACACAGCACCUGGUGGUUAGAGUGAAUGUAAAGUUUUCGGCCUGUCCCGUCUGUCUGAGAUGAACACUUUGUUAAUUCAUGCUGGAGGAGGACUUCAUCUCAUUUUUUAGUUUGUCUUUUAAAUUGAAACUACUGAGAUGUUCACACACCGCCUAUUCUUUUUUUUGUUCUAUACAGCACAUUGUCACAAUGAAUCACGUUAUCACUACUUGCAUUUUCUGAUACAGAUAAAGAAUGAUUAAUCGUAACAAAAGCUUCAGUGAAUUCAUAGAUUUUUCAAAUAACUUUUACUAAAAUUUGGAUUUUGGUUAUAAAUAAGGGAUCUGGAUUUUAUUUUGUUAAGUGUAGAUUUCAUUGUAAUUUAGAUGAUUAGUCAGACUUGUUAAGUGAUGACAUCCUUUAUCUGUAUUCAACAGCUAUUUUAAUAUGAACUAAGCCAAAAAUGCAAAAAAUAUGAGGUUUACAAACUUUACAUUUUGCCACUUCGGAUGUUGUAAGGAGCAAAACAAAUUACACCUCUGAUUCAUGGCUGCUGGUUUGAACCUCAACCUCAGAUGUCACUGCUCAUGAGCUUUCAUUCAGCUGCUAACCCACACUCACCAGCUCUGUAUUGCAUGCAGACUCAAGAAGUACAGAUGUGUUAGCCUGCAGUUUGACUGAACUACUUGAAAACGAUCAACAUAUGGAAUGUAAAAAUGCAACUAUCUCCAAAAGGAAGGAGCAUUUAGAAUGUCAUUUUUCUUAUCUUAAAAACAUCUUCAAAAGUUUUUGGAGCAUGCUGGAAAGUCAGGUGGACCACUUUACUUUUGUCACGUGAGAGGCCAGGCAGAGCAAUCAGCCUCUCUAAAGCACAUGCAGUGCAUUGCAGAACCCUUCACACCCCUUGAUCUUUUUCACAUUUUGUGACAUCACAACUUAAAAUGUCGUGUCUUUUAUUGGAACUUUAUGCAACAAAACAACACAAAAGCAAUGUAUAAUGUGAAGUGGAAGGAAAAGGACAUAUAACACCAUUUAUUUUAGUUUUGCUGAUAAAGUUGUUUUUUAGUGUGGCAUGCAUUUUUAUGAAACACCUUGGGUCUAGAUUUUGUAUUCUUGCCUUUCCGCCACUUAAAUACGCUUCUAUUUUAACUAUUUCAAUUUAGUUCUACUGUAUGUUUAGGAUUACUUGAAGACUCCAGUCCACUUAGGUCUUUUUCAGUAUUUUUCAGUCUCUAGCAGGUUGAUCUGCAUUGGCUUAAUUUUCUUUCUGAUCCUCUGUAUUAUCUUAAAAAAAAAAAAAAAAAUUCUCCUUAGAAUGAUGCCACCACCACCAUAGUUCCCUCUGGUGGCCUGUUGACUGGGAUGCCUCUCUGCUUGCAUUUUCAUUAGCGUUUCAUAUAAAAGCAAGAUUUUUGAAGUGCACAAGAAAUAGAUGUCCUCUUAUGGGAGAGACCUCUAACUGAUGUGAAUUUGUUCUUUCUGUGCAUUCUUCCUCCAAAGUUAUCAUGCAUCUUGUGGCCGUUUAUUUGAUUGAUGCUUUCCAUGAGUGACCUGCCAGUUAAUGUAGACAGCCUUGUCUUGUAAGGUUGCAGCUGUGCCAUAUUCUGUCCAUCUUCGGAUAAUGAACUGAACAGUGCUCUGUGAGAUAUUCGAGACAUUACAUCAUAAGUCAACUUUACUUUAUCAGGAGUUUAUCCCCUGAGCUGUCCAAUGUGUCCUUUAGUCUUUGCUUAGCUGCUCUCUGUUUUCCAUUUAACCUCUGAUGCUUUCUCAGAACACACAGAGAUUAGAAUUACAUGAGGUGGACUUUCUUUACUCGUACAGUGACUUCUAGAUUCAAAAGUUAGGUGUGCUGGAGUUUGUUUAGGGGUACUAGAGUUAAAGUAAUGUAUGCUUUCAGAUUUUCAUUUGGACAAAAAUCUCAACCAAAAAAAAGCUAUAUAUAAUUUACAUACAUACCUCCAUGUUUAUAUGCUAAUUUAAUCCAUAUAAUCCAAAUCUAAUGCUUAGAACUUUGGUAACUUUUACAUCUUCUAAAAAAAGUUCAAGGGGUGUAAUAAAGCUUUCUGCAGGCAAUGCAUUUUUCCGAAGUUAUGUGCAAGUUUUCUGUCAUAUGGUGGUAUUUUCUUCUGCCCCUGUUCUUGUAAAGAAUAAGCAAAAGCACAUUUUGCAUACAUAUGGGAAAGUGCAUCUUGUACAGUCUAGCAAGUGCUUAUGCUAAGGCAUUGUGAAAUGUGAUAAUUAAUUGCACAACAGCUUAUUUAUGCUAAAUUAAAAUCUUGUUACACUUCCAGCCACUAUGUAACCAAUAACUGAGAACAAUGUAAUA